AUGAUAUGUGGAUAAGAUUUUCAAUGAGAUUUCCAUACGUUAAAUCCAAAUUGUAGGAAUGGGUAUUGCAUGGAUGGAUGCAUUCCCAUCUCUACUUUGUCUCCACACUUUACUGAACACACACUCAGAGCAACAGAUUUCUGCCAUCUACCAAUUGAGCAGUAAUAUUUGCAAGUUCAGACUAGAGGAUUGUAUAAGGGAAUGGAAGAACCCCGGAGGGAGAAGACUAGUUCCAGUUCCAAUGUAGAGAGGGUUCAAGCUGCACAUAGUAAUGAACAACAUCGGGAGCUGAAGAACCAAGGAAAUCCAAUUUCACGCUCUCCAAGUUCUCAAAUUCAAUUGAAAUGCAUGAUUUGUUCGACCAAAGGUAGUUGCCAAUCAGUUCGCUCAAGAACCAAGCUGAUGAACAUUUUUAUAGAUAAAGGGACACCCAAAGAAGCACAGUCUAUUUUCAACACUUUAAUGGAAGAGGGACACAAGCCAACCUUGAUAACUUACACAACCCUCUUAGCGUCACUAACAGCUCAGAAGCAUUUUAAGUUGAUUCCUUCAGUACUAGCUCAAGUGGAAGAACAUGGAAUGAAACCAGACUCGAUAUUCUUCAAUGCCAUUAUCAAUGCUUUCUCCGAGUCUGGGAACGUAGAGGAAGCCAUGAACACCUUCUGGAAGAUGAAGGAAAGCGGAUGCAAACCUACAGCCAGCACCUUCAAUACCUUAAUUAAAGGGUAUGGAAUUGUGGGUAAGCCUGAAGAGUCGUUAAAGUUACUUGAGCUGAUGUCACAGGAGGAGAAUGCAAAACCAAAUCUGAGAACAUAUAACAUUCUUAUCAGAGCUUGGUGCAAUAAAAACAAUAUCACUGAAGCAUGGAAUGUGGUAUAUAAAAUGGUGGGAUCUGGUAUGCAGCCUGAUGCUGUCACUUUCAAUACCAUAGCAAGAGCUUAUGCCCUCGAUGGGAAGACGAGCAUGGCUGAAGGGGUGAUACUGGAAAUGCAAAGCAGUAAUGUGAAGCCGAAUGAACGAACUUGUGGUAUUAUAAUUAGUGGGUAUUGCAAAGAAGGGAACAUGAGGGAUGCUUUGAGGUUUGUGUAUAGGAUGAAGGAUCUUAGGGUGUACCCUAAUCUUGUUGUUUUCAACUCUCUGAUCAAAGGCUUUCUGGACAUUACAGACAUGGAUGGGGUUGAUGAGGUUCUAGCGCUGAUGGAAGAAUUCAGAGUGAAACCUGAUGUAAUUACUUUCAGCACCAUCAUGAAUUCGUGGAGUGCACAGGGUCUCAUGGAAAAAUGCAGGGAGACCUUUGAAGACAUGGUGGAAGCUGGUAUAAAACCUGAUACUCAGGCGUACAGUAUCCUCGCAAAAGGGUACGUCAGAGCACGAGAGCCUGAGAAGGCUGAAGCCCUCCUGUCAAUAAUGGCUGAAUCGGGUGUCCAUCCCAACGUUGUAAUCUUUACCACCAUCAUCAGUGGGUGGUGCAGUGCAACCAAUAUGGAUAAUGCAAUCAGAGUUUUUGAGAAGAUGUGUGACUUGGGUGUUUCUCCCAAUCUGAAGACAUUUGAAACCCUGAUAUGGGGAUACAGUGAAGCAAGGCAGCCAAUUAAAGCAGAAGAGUUGCUCCAAACCAUGGAAAAAAUGGGUGUUCCUCCCACGGAAAGUACCAUUGAGCUUGUUUCAGACGCUUGGCUGUAUAUUGGUUUAGCAAACAAGGCAAGCAGAAUCCUUGGGACUGGAAACGAAAUGGAAGUGACAAACGCGUUGGAAAUGGAGAAACGCAAUGAGAUACCAAAGGAAAGUUUGGAAAGAAUCUAUCAGAAACAAAACCCAACUGCCUCAUAUUCGAACAUGUUUUCUGUUCCUGGAUUAGCUGUAAGUGAUCAGCAAAACUCAUCUGUUGCUUCCAAAAGAAGUAGGAUGUUAUUGGGAGACACUGAGAUCUCGUCAGAAAGCCUUUGGACAGCAACAAAAUGCAGGUUUCUUAGUCGCACAUGUAGGUACGCGGCGAAAUCCCCAAUCAUAUGCCAGAAGCAGUCUCAUUUACAGCUUGGAAUGCACGGGCAUCUUGUAAAUUCUUCUAGUUUGGUCUUCCUUAAUUGAAGCUGUCAGUAUUUCCAAGUGACCUAACUCUGAAUCUUUUGGUGGUUACAUUGCAAUUCUGUUCGAUCUCUCGUGGAAGCACAGCUUGUUCUGAUUCAAUACACUUCCUUAAAUAUUGUAGAUACCAAAACAGGUCAUCCAUUUAAAGACUGGACCUCUUUGUUUGUGCAGUCUAAUCUGUAUUUGUCAAUAUCUGUUACACUGCAUGUACACAUUGUUGAUAUUCUGAUGUAAUGAAACACUGUCAAUUUCUUUCA